AUGCGUGGCGCGGCUACGUUGUCCGCAUACAUGUGCGACGCUGUGAUCUUGCGCGGGCGCAGCGCCGAGGAUCGCGCACCGCUGCGCGGCGCAAGCGCUAGACUGCACAGGGGCCGCGCAGGCGCGCGCGCCCGCGAACCGCGCGAGACUCGCGUCGCCGACCGCGAGGUUCUGGGCAAUGCCGACAAAUCGGAGGUGUGCAGCUGCGCGCGCAUCGGAAAUAUUGGCCAUGACAUCUACCUCCUUCUGCACCACGGCCCCGAUGGGCUUCUCUGCGUGUUUGGCGCUUACUCAGAGCAGGCUGCAGUCCACGGCCCCAGCGCGAACGAUGGGCCGGGACGCGUUGGAACCAACUUGCGGGCUGCCGCGGCAGAGGGCCGCGCCCUCUGGCAGAGCGCGCUGAGCCGCGGCGCAAUGAAUCGCCCGCCGGACGAGGGCGGGGGCGCGCGAGUCGCGGCCGGGGGCCGCCCCCGUAGCAUCUGGCGCCACGCGCGCGCCGUGUUCUUCAUCGACGCGGGCGCCGAAGACGCGAUGUCGGCGCUCGCGGCGAGGACGGGGCCAUGGUGCAAUGAGAUCGAGCACGCGGGGCGCAUCGCCGCCCUCGUCGAUUUGGAGGCGCGGAACCGCGCCCCCCCGCGGAAGCCCGCGGCGGCGGGCGCCAUGGGAAGGGGCGCUACGCGAAGGAGCAGCGGCCUCUACAAGGUGGAGGAGCGCGGCAACGCCCACACGGCGAUGCUUACGCUGGGACUUGUCCACAUCCGUCGGCUGGGGAUGCCAAUCUUCCUGGGCCUCGUGGCGUCCUGGGGCAUCAGCUCCGCAGGCCCCGCGCGGAGGGGCGGCGGCGCCGCGACCCCGGGGGAGGCCGCGCAGCUGCUGGAGGAGGGCCGCAGCGGCAGCGACGAGGAUGAGCUCGCCGCCAGCGUCGUGGCAUGGGGCUGCUGGUCUGGUUCGGUGGGUUUCCUGCUGGCGAUGGCCGUGGUCUCCAGCGCCGCCAUCCUGGCGCUGCGGACGGGCCACCUCAGGCUGCAGCUUUGGGGCCAGGGCGCCAUGGUGCCGGCGGAGCCCCGGGCGGUUUUGAGCGAGUCCCUCAGGCCAGAGUGCGCGGCCACCCGCCUCCCGUCCCAGGACCUGGAGGGCGGGCGCGGCGGGCAGCGCAUCCCGCAGGUCCUGCGCUCCGACAGCUGCUGCAAGCUCUGCCAGGCUGCCUCCGACUGCGAGGCGUGGGCCUGGUCCGGGCAGGGCGAGAGGCAGGGCUGCUGGCUGGUUGCCGAGGGGCACCCGGCGAGCGGGGGCGAGGCGCAGGGCCGAGGCGAGGGCUCGGACGAGGAGGGUGAGGAUGGGGCCGCCGCGGCUCCAGCCGGAGGCGAGGGCGCUGAGGACGCCGCUGAGGAGGAGGAGGAGGAGGACACUCCACGGAGCUGGGAAGACAUCGACGAGGCCGCCGAGGCCUCGGCAGGGGCGGAGGAGGAGGGCGAGGACGACGGCGACCAGGCCACCAAAGUGUUUGCCGAGGCCGGGAAAGGGAAUGUCCUUUUCGAGGCAGAUGGAGGGGAAAGCGUACCAGUUCUUCUCGAGGCGGAUGGCGCACAGGAGCAUACCAGUCGGACCAAGCAUGAUGAUGACGAGGCACCCGAAGCCCUCCCCGAGGCGAAAGAGAAGAACGCCAAGAUGGAUGUUAAGGGCGCGGAAGACGGCAAUGGUGAUAGACCUGACGAUGAGGAGGAGCAGGAAGAAGAGGAGGAGGAGGAAGCGCCAUUACCGGGGACGUCGUACCCGAAUACCCCAGCGUGGCGCAGCCCCUGGAGCACGGCAUCUGUCAAGGAGGAGGGGAAGGACGAGGAGGAGCACGGCGCUGGAGCGCCCAAGCAGCACGACCGGCAGGAGAAGCACGGCGAGGCUCAAAAGAAGCACGAGAAGGAGAGGCACGAGGACCCGCCGCCGCCUGGAUGCGACGCUGACGACCACUUGCCGGAGAUGUGGGCCCACCAGGGGGGCAAGGAGGCAGUCUUCAAGGUGCUGACUUACAACCUCUUCUGGUGGAGUCUCUUCGGCGAGAGGGACGGCGAUCAUGACAAGGCCGCCCAUCUCAUCGAAAAGGCUGCAAAGUCUAGGGCGUUUGACCUGAUGGGCUUUCAGGAAUGCGAGGACGUGGCGCGUGUUCUGGAACCAGCUGGCCUCAAGGAUAAAUAUUACGUGUUCUCUGGGAGUGGCAAGACGGAGGCGAUUUGCAUCGCGGCAAGCAAGGCCAGUUUCGAUCUCCUCUCCCAUGGCAUGCAAGCCGUUGGCGAGGACAGCAAGGAACAGUACUUCGGCAAACGAUCUGCACAGUGGAUGCGGCUCAACCACAAGAAGACGGGCCAGAAGGUGUUCUUCAUGAACCACCACGGCCCUCUGCCCGUGGACUCCGGCGGCAAGUGCGGCGGGCGGGCCACGGCCCGCGCGCUGCUGCAGCUGACCUCCGCGGAGGCCGAGCGAGGCGAUGCCGUGAUCAUGGUGGGCGACUUCAACGCAGGCGACGGUUCCACGACCGUCGAGAGCCUGGAGAAGCGCUUGCACAGGGUCUACCACGGCGUCGCCGACGGUGGCAUCGACAACUUCUUCAGCAAUCUGGGCACGGACUCGGUCCGAAAGGCGGAGAACCUGGGGAGCGGCGGCAGCGACCACGACGCCCUGAGCGUGGAGCUGCAGGUCGGGGGCGGCGUCGGAGAGGCCCCGCCGCCGGGCGAGGACGAGGAGGCCGACGGCGAGGACGAGCUCCCGCCGGCUCGGCCAGAGGGCGAGGGCCAGCCGGGCGGCGAGGCGGCGCCCGAGGCGGCCGCGGAGGGCGAGGGCCCGGAGGACGAAAAGGACGACAGGCCGUCGCGGUGCGGGCUCUCGGACGAGGGCGGCGUCGCCUACUCCGGCCUGGCCGGCGAGGAGGUGGACGGCGUGGGGUCCCCGGCGGACUGCUGCACCACCUGCAGCGGGUCCUCGACGUGCAAGUCGUGGACGUGGACAGGGAGGUCGGGGGCCGGAGUUUGUUCUCUGUGGUUUGGGCUGCCAGCGCAGAGGGAGAAGAAGGAGGGCUUCAUCUCGGGCCUGCCGCCCAGGAAGGCCCGGCUGGACUUCAAGCGAUCGUGA